AUGAUAUGUAGUAGGCUAUCAGAGGUUCUUCCUAAAUUAGUCAGUCCGAAUCAAGGUGCUUUUAUUAAAGGGAGAUUACUAGCUCAUAAUAUUCUAAUUUUUCAAGACUUGAUCAAGAAUUACAAUAGGAGGAAUGCUUCCCCGAGGUGUGCUUUGAAGAUCAAUCUUAGCAAAGCCUAUGAUACGGUGGACUGGUGUUUUUUGGAGGGACUGCUGAUCAGUAUGCGAUUUCCUACCCGGUUCAUUUCUUGGGUGAUGGUGUGUCUUCGUGGCACUUCUUAUGUACUUAUGAUGAAUGGGAGAUUGCAGGGGGGAUUUCAAGGUGUUAAGGGUCUACGUCAAGGAGACCCUAUCUCCCCAUUACUGUUUGUCCUGGUAAUGGAAUAUCUCACUCGGUUACUUCAGCUAGGAGCUACUCAGUAUAAUUUCAAGUUCCAUCCUCUGUGUAAAAGCCUUAAGAUAAUUAACCUCUGCUUUGCUGAUGAUUUAAUUAUCUUCUGUAAAGCUAAUAGAGACUCAAUUCAAUGUGUUAAAAAUAUUUUUGAGGACUUCUAUAGUAGUACAGGGCUGAAGGCUAAUCACAGCAAAUCACAUGUCUAUUUUGGAGGUGUUCCGAAUAUAGAGAAGGGUCAUUUGCUUCAGGUUUUGCAUAUAAAAGAGGGAACAUUUCCUCUUAAUUAUCUUGGGGUUCCUAUGAGGCCAACAAAAUGGAAAGCGGCAGAUUGUGAUGUGAUCCUAAAAAAUAUUAAGCUUAGGUUUCACACAUGGGCUAGUAGGCACCUCUCUUAUGCAGGGAGGACCCAACUCAUUACUUCUGUCCUUUUGGGUUUGCGUAACUAUUGGAUGAAUAUCUUCAUGCUCCCACAAAGUGUAGUUAAGGAGGUUGAUAAACUUUGUAUGUGGUUCCUGUGGGGUAACAAUGGAACCCGAAGUAACUUCCAUCGUUCUUCUUGGUCCAAAGUCAGCUUGCCAAAAGCUUAUGGGGGUUUGGGUUUUGGUGAAGGAGCAAAAUGGAACAAGGCUAUGCUUGCUAAGUAUAUUUGGGCAAUAAGUCAUCAACCAGAGGCGAUGUGGGUGAAGUGGAUAAAUGUUGUCUAUUUAAGAGGCCAAAGUUUCUGGAAGUAUCAACUCAAGGCCGAUUCUAGUUGGUAUUGGCGUAAGCUGUGUCAUAUCCACGAUGCCUUUACUAAAAUGGACAUAGAUGCUGCUGCCAGUCAAGGGACAUUCAAGAUUGGGUAUGCUGGCUCUCAGCUACGCUCAUCACUGAGCCAAGGUGGUGAGCAAUCAUGUGGGGUGGAUUACAGCUAUCUGGGGGAGGCUUUCGAUGAGCUUAUGCAACACUGUACUGAGCAAGAACAAGUCGAGGACCAGAUUGUGUCCACCAAACAGGUUCCGGUUGUCCAAGAACCUGCUUUCUCUGUUGUUGAACAAGACAACCCUCCUGCUCUUGAGGAUUCUACUCUGCCCUUCAGUCUGAAUACUUCAGCUGACACUUUUGUUCCUACCAACCAACCUCAAGACUUGCUUGCUGCCCAGCCUCCAGACCAACCAACCAACCAGCUUCAAGACCAACUAACUCCCUAA